UUUGAUUUACGGAUAUUUGCGGAAUACAGAAAAUGGAGAAGUACAUAUUGCCUUUGUUGUUGUUAGCUGCAUUUGUGUGUCAAGGUAUAAACGGAAACGAUAUUUGGCUUGAAGACAGACAUGUUCAAUACAUAAGCCACGAUUACCUCGGUACGACGAUAUCAAUACCUAAAUUUAUAUUUGAUACUUUAAGAUCAUGCCACAUUAUAUAUCCAAAUGGUGUUAUGUACGAAGUGUUCCCAAGUAAUAAUCUGCCACAAAGCAAUGUUUUCUUCUUGGAAGCAGUACAACCGUAUACUAGUUGUGGGGUGGGUUUCAGGGGUGUUGGGGUUGAGUUCAGUGGUACAUAUGAAUUGCUGUCUUCUGUUCAACAUGUCAGUAAUAACAGUAUCACUUUGACACGGCAGAGGUUCCAUUUGACUGUCACUCUUCCUGAAUUUACUAACUGAUUUUAUUCAAAGGUAUUAUGUGAUCAUGGAACUCUAGUACUAAACUAAGACAAAACAUAUAAAGCUGUCACGCUAAUGGAAUUCUACGAUAACUAGUCUUGAUUUGUUGUAAGAUCGGAUUUUUUAUUUUCUUAUCUUUGAUUUUUUUUGUUAUCUAUAAUAUUUGAUAAACCAAUAAA